UUCUAAAGCUCAAUCUGUUUUAGUAUGUGUCUUUCUGCCACACUGAAAAGCAGCUGAUUGGAGUGUUCCAUUUCGUAAAAAAAACAAUCCUCCGUUGACGACGGCUGUGUUAAACACGCCAUCUUUUCCUAAAGUCUCCAUCAAAUUGGCCUAAAAGAUAUUUCUUCCAAUCUUGGAAGGCAUCAAGCCAGGGCAUCAUGUCUUCUCGCAUCGUUCGCUUCAAUCCAGGCUUGUACAAGCCUUUGUAUCAGAAGUUCCGCUUCUUCCCCUCGGCCUCGCCUGAGAAAUACGGGGGAUCCUUCUUGAAGAACGCCAUGGCCGAGGUUCCGGAGUUACUCUUUUGCAUUCCUAUGCUCGUGUUCUCCUUUGGUGUGUUGGCCUACAGGAUGUCCAUGGAUACGCCCGAGAUCGAAAAACCUUUUAAGAACUAUUACAGCGUGAUCCGACCCGAUGAUCCUCGAAUCAAGUUCAUCGACACUCGCUUCUACGACGCCUGUGGCGCGGCCACCUCCAAAGCUAAUUGAAGACUCUCAGAUUGAGUGGACCGCUGUUCAUCGGUCGGUAGCAUUGAGAUAAGAAUGUAAAAUAGAACAAUCCCGUUUAUUUACA